GAACUCUGAUGAGGACCAGACUGUGUCAGUGCAGAAGAAGGAAGCGGGUGUUAGCGAAGGCUGGGGGGAUGGGGAAUAGAGGAGGUGGGCGGGUGGUGGACCAUCGCUUGCCACCCAAGAUGUUAUUCACUGGCCAGUGCAGCCAUGGGCACAUCUGGACGUAUUAACUUCACUGUGCGCAGCCUCCUGGAUUUGCCAGAACAAGAUGCGCAACACCUGCGGAGGCGGGACCCAGAACCGCCAACCCAUCGCCGCCGCGACCCUUCUUACCCCGAGUGGAUGGAGACUGACCGGAGUCACUACCCCUGUGACUUCAGACGAGAGCAGCCCAGAGACCAGCCCUUCGGAUUCCGUGCAGCGGCUGCGGUCCCUGCCUCCUGUAGAGCUGCCUGUCUCCGACUCUGAGAAGAGGAAGAAGCGACGGGUGCUGUUCUCCAAGGCUCAGACUCUGGAGCUGGAGCGGCGCUUCCGGCAGCAGCGCUACCUCUCUGCUCCAGAGAGGGAACAGCUGGCUCGGCUCUUGAGCCUGACGCCUACUCAGGUCAAAAUCUGGUUCCAGAACCACCGCUACAAGAUGAAGCGUGCCCGGGGUCAUGGGCCUCUGGGUCCUGCCUGUGGUCUGGAUCUGAGCCCAACUCCUGCGCUGCUACGCCGGGUGGUAGUCCCGGUGCUAGUCAGUGACCGAAAGCCUUGCCAAGGUUGCGAACCUAGUCUGGCAGCAAACCUGGACAAGCCGAGUUUGCCUCAAGCUGCCACUGCCUCCACUUGCGUCCUUCAGGGCUACCCUUCUUUCCCUGCCAGUUCCACGGCUGCACUCAGUCUCUUUCAGGUUAAUCAGCACUUAGCUCACCCGACAGUAGUCUCUUGGAACUGGUGAGAUCGCCAGUGCAGUGGAGAAGGCAUGUCUUAGAGUCUCUCUCCCUACUGGUUUCCACCCUUCAAGUGGAUUUACAGAAAUUUACUUCAGAGACCUAGAACCUGCCCUGCAGUCCCAAAAGCAUCUUUAGAUUCUAGGGGCAGUGGACGACUGCGGCAGCUCUCUGCCUUCCUUACAUCUGCCUUUUCUGGAACCCCUAGUUCUCUCCAGAUCAGACGCCCAAGUCUUGGAGAAAGCCAGGAAUAGAAUUCGCCAAUAUUUCCUCUUGUCCUCUCCCCAGCUGCAAAUUCACCUGUUAAAUGAAUUGUUCAAACCAUAUUUGCAUAUUUUCAAAGUAGUAAUUUGUAUGGGAAACAAUCUAUUUUUUAAAGAAAUAGAAUUUUUUGUGGUAGUACUAAUGUGAAUAAAGUGUAUUUGGAACCCUUCUCUUCCCGUUUCUGCAUAACAGAGUAAAGAAGCAAUGCUCCGUUUUGAAGGGCACAUGUUACUCUGCUGCUUCUUUCUCUUGGCUUUUAAAGACUUUGCUCUUUCCCUCCUUUCACUACUCCAAAAUAUGUACCAUCGAAAUCCAGACUCAACAAUAAGGAGAAAGGUGUGGAGAACGGCUAGUUGUUACUGGAAAGUGCCUGGGUGUGCAAGUUUGUGAGUUCUCCCCUCCCCAUUCUGGAAGCUGUAGUUUCUAAUUCCAAAUUCAGCAUCACAAUCUUGGGUAGAGACAUAUUUCUCCUGAUCCUUCCCUUUUGAAAUUUUUAAUAAUAAACAUUUCUUUGCUCUAA